AUGUUCCUGGCGAUGUGGCUGGUGCGGGUAAGCUCAGGUGUGGCGAAGAAGAAAAAGAAGAAAAAGAAGAAAUCGGCCAAAAAGAAGCCAGAGCAAACAGAUCCGCCACGGAUCGCCCUAUCUAAAUUCUAUCCGGAUGGCGUAUAUCCUGAGGGUGAGGUCCAGCCGUAUAAAGACGACAACAUCUGGAGGACGACGUCCGAGGAGAAGCGACAUACAGAGAAAACAAUGAACGAAGACCCAGAGCGAACCUACGAGUCCAUUCGCAAGGCGGCUGAGGUGCAUCGACAGGUUCGACAGCAUGCUCGAAAAUUCAUCCGUCCCGGGAUGAAGCUGAUAGAUAUAGCCGAAACUAUCGAAGCCGGCACGCGAGCACUGGUAGAUGCGGACGGUCUAGAGGGCGGUAUCGCUUUCCCAACUGGCCUCAACUUGAACCAUUGCGCGGCUCAUUACACUCCGAAUCCUGGCGAUACCACUGUACUCUCACAAGGUGACGUCCUGAAGGUCGACAUCGGCGUUCAUGUGAGAGGACGAAUCUGCGACUCGGCUUUCACCAUGACCUUUGAGCCUACAUACGAUAAACUGCUAGAGGCUGUCAAGGCGGCCACCGAUACGGGUAUUCGUGAAGCAGGAAUUGACGUCCGUCUAGGAGAGCUCGCCGGCCUAAUCCAGGAGACGAUGGAGUCCUACGAAGUCGAGGUUGCUGGCAAGGUUUAUCCUGUGAAGCCUAUUGAGAACUUCAGCGGGCACUCAAUUGGAUUGUACAACAUCCAUGCCGGCAAGUCGCUUAUGCUGAUAAAGAACGACGACGAGACAAAGAUGGAAGAGGGGGAGUACUUUGCCAUCGAGACAUUUGGCACCACGGGCCGUGGUUACUGUAUAGAGGAGGGAGACACAUCACACUAUGCCAAGAUAUAUAACGCACCGCAGGUGCCAUUACGGUUGUCCUCUGCGAAGUCGCUGCUGAAGACCAUCGAAAACAAAUUCGGCACUUUAGCUUUCUGCCGCCGCUACCUUGACCGGGUUGGAGAAAAACAGUACCUGUUUGCUCUCAACCACCUGGUCUCACAAGGCGUCGUCCAACCAUACCCUCCACUUUGCGACCGGCGAGGGUCUAUGACUGCCCAAUUCGAACAUACUGUUCUGCUUCGUCCUACCGGAAAGGAGGUAGUGUCGCGAGGUGACGACUAUUGAUUCUGUUCGUGGUUGUGGAUGUGUUAUCAGAUAACAGAAGAACUCAAUCGUGACAUCGGUUCGGCGCUUUUUUCUCUGCCUCCAGAAUUGCCCACGAAGCUUCCAGGUUCACAUACUCUACCGGAUUCUGGUCAGGAGGCGUAUCUACGAUGGCGUUAUGUAUUCCCAGUCUCGAGCCACAUUAUUUCUUUC